UUCACACUUCUGUUCAAACAUUUUGCGCCGCCGUACUUUCAUUCAAAAAAACUUUCCGCGGCUGUUUUUCGGGCUCGAGAUUAAACCGCGCGUACGCUUUAAUCCGGCGUGUUUUUGCAGGUUUACGUCAGUCUGUGACUGCGGGACUGGAAGGAGUGGGUAAGUGAGGAAAGGGAACUGCCGCCGCCGCUGCUGGAUUGAAGUUUUUUUUUGCUUCGCCGCUCCGUGAAGACCCCGAUUAUGGCCACUGCUACCCCGAGCCGCGAGUCCGGCCGCGCCGCCUCCAGCACGCCGCUCUCCCCGACCCGCAUCUCCCGCCUGCAGGAGAAAGAGGAGCUGCGGCAUCUGAACGACAGACUGGCCGUGUACAUUGACCGCGUCCGGGCCCUGGAGCUGGAGAAUGACAGGCUGAUGGUUAAAGUGUCGGAAAAGGAGGAAGUCACGACCAGAGAGGUAUCAGGAAUUAAGUCUCUGUAUGAAGCUGAGCUGGCCGACGCCAGACGUGUGGUGGACGAGAUUGCGAAGGAAAGAGCAAGGCUGCAGAUUGAUCUGGGCAAGUCCAACUCUGAACUUGAGGAGAUCACUAAGAGCUUUAAGAAGAAGGAUGGAGACCUGGUUUUGGCUCAGGCCCGUAUCAAGGAGCUGGAGUCUCAGUAUAACCAGAGCGAGGCAGCUCUCAACACCGCUCUCAGUGAGAAUGCAGCACUGUCUGCAGAACUGGCUGACGUGAAGACUCAACUUGCUAAAGCUGAAGAUGCUCAUGCAGUGGCUAAGAAGCAGCUGGAAGCUGAAACCCUGAUGCGAGUGGAUCUGGAAAAUCGCUGCCAGAGUCUGACUGAGGAGCUGCAGUUCAGGAAGAGCAUGUUUGAGGAGGAGGUGCGCGAGACCCGGCGGCGUCAUGAGAAGCGGAUGGUUGAAGUGGACUCUGGAGCUAAGCAGGAUUAUGAGUUCAAACUAUCCCAGGCUCUUCAGGACCUUCGCAAGCAACAUGAGGAGCAGGUCGGCUUUUACAAGGAGGAGUUGGAGCAAACCUUCCAGGCCAAGUUGGACAAUGCCAAGGUGUCAUCUGACCUCAAUGAUAAAGCAGUGAGUACAGCAAGAGAAGAGCUUCAGGAGGCUCAUGUCAGGAUUGAGAGUCUGAGCUAUCAGCUGUCUGCCCUUCAGAAACAGGCAGCAGCAGCAGAGGAUCGUGUGAGGGAGCUGGAAGACAUUCUGAACAGCGAGCGAGAUAAGUAUCGUAGGAUGAUGGACGGCAAGGAGCGUGAGAUGUCUGAGAUGAGAGAGCGCAUGCAGAUGCAGCUCAAUGAGUACCAGGAGCUGCUGGAUGUCAAGCUUGCCCUGGACAUGGAGAUCAAUGCUUACAGGAAACUAUUGGAGGGAGAAGAGGACAGGCUGAAGCUCUCCCCCAGCCCCUCUUCUCGAGUGACCGUCUCCCGAAGCACAGCCAGCAGCAGCUCCUCUCGCACCACCCGCAGCACCAAGAGAAAGCGUGUGGAGGAGGAACCAGUCACUGCACCCAGUGUCCGUAUCAGCCAGCAGGCCGAGGCUACAGGUGGCGUCACUGUUGAGGAGAUUGACCUGGAAGGCAAAUCUGUCACCCUCAAGAACAAUGCUGAUAAGGAUCAGUCUCUGGGCAGCUGGAGACUAAAAAGGCAAAUUGGAGAAGCAGAUGAAAUCGUCUACAAGUUCAGUCCAAAGUUUGUCCUCAAAGCAGGCCAGACUGUCACGGUAUGGGCUGCAGAUGCAGGUGUGGCCCACAGUCCACCCUCAGAUUUAUUGUGGAAGAGCCAGAGCAGCUGGGGCAGUGGAGAUGAAACAGUCACCGUCCUGGUCAACUCAAAUGGAGAGGAGGUGGCAAAGCGAACAGUCUCGAAAAUUUUGGUAGAGAUUGAGAAUGGAGAUGAUGAGGAAGCAGACUUCGGAGAUGAGCAUCUCUUCCAUCAGCAGGGCGAUCCAAAAACCCGAUCCAGAGAAUGCGCCGUGAUGUGAGGGAGCUUUGUCCGGCGCAGUUUUUUCCUUCUGACUAUUCUCUCAAAGAGCCACUACUUUUGUAUUCUUCAAUCAUGAAUUCCUAAAAUUGCUCCCAACCUUCCCCAGGCGCAGUGUCACUGACCCACAAUUUUUUAUCGGACCUCGUUGUGUUUUCUAAAGUCAGGUAAUCAUGAACUGUGUAUCAACAGUUUUUUUUUUCCAGUCUCGACCACCAAUAUGUUUCCUAUUCUUGACGUUUUCACCAGCCGUCAAUUGCUUCAUCGCAGAGUGCAGUAGAGGUCUUCUUUAAAGUGACAUCAGGAAAUUACCCAUUUUUAUGAAACUGUAAAGUUGCAUAAUCCAGCAACGAUAGAGGAUCUGCACAUGUGUGCAUCCUGCAAUUGGAUAAGUAGGAAUUUGAAACAUGUCUGGACUCUGCUCCAUGGAAUUCGUAUACAUUACUCUUUAUUGUAGUUUACUGUAGUUGGAACUGGUCGCUGUUGCUUAGCUUAUGUGUUGUUUUUUGCUUUGCCAACUGGAUAAACAGGGUGGAAAAAGAAAUGACUGACUGGUGUUCCAGCAGAUUGAUCACAUAAAGGCUCAGCAAUUACCUUCUGUCUUAACAAUAAUGAUUGCUGAAUGGACUCCGUGUGCACUCGCUUACUGAACCUGGGGAUGAAUGAAUGAAUGUUUUAAGUUGGACAUUUUUCUCAUCUUAAGGACUGGACAUUUUUUAAAUCAUGGAAGUAAACCUCAGAUUGUGCAUCUCCGCUGCCUUCUCUGCAGUUCUGAUGCACCUCCAUCUCAAAUCAUGUAAAGUAAACUGCCUUUGUUGUUUAAGUCUAAUGUAGUGAAAAUGUAACAGUUUCACUAAAUACCUCAUUCUUGUUGAGUUUACCUAAUCUGAGCAUGCAGUGAUCAGAACAUUCUGCAGCCUGAUUAAUUGUGCUGAUGAACACACAGCUGAUUGUGAUAUUUGAAUGUGUAAAAAGAAUCAAUGUGUUGUGCAUUGACCAAAGAUGGAGUGACCCUGUCAAGCUACUGGAAAACAAGUGGUUGGGUUUAUUGAUUGGAAGCUAAUGCUCAGCGGUGCAUUAACAAAUUAAAGGCAGUCUUUAAAGUGUCUGCCAAAUAGUUUGGAAGUGAUAUUCCAAACACGUUCUGCAAAGUGCGGCUUAACCUAGAACUGGUUACCAGCGCCUGACUGAGCUUGGAUGCUUGUGAACUUUCUUACUGGAUGAUAUUUUCCACCCUGUUCAUUCUGAUACAGUUGCAUCAUGAUUUGUAAAAGCUAACCAGUGUAUUAUUUUUUAUCUAAAAAUGCAAAUCAGACAAGUAUGCACACAUUGAAUAUUUUUCUACAGUUUUAGGACAGGAAUGGUGCUGACCUGUUUCCAGCACACGCUUGGGACUCUUGUUGUGUGCUGGAGUCAACUCUAUUCUAAGAUUCUCCAAUAUUGAGUUAAACUCUGGUUAGCUAAAUGUCCUUAACAUCAGCAAGCACAAACAAAUUAAAUUAACAUUGCUUUAAAAAGUUAAAAAGUAAAAUUUGUUUUAUUUGUUUAAAUUGGUAAUUUACUUUCUUUGGUGCAUAACAGGGAGUCCCAGUGGUGCUAGAAUGGGCUUCAUAUGCAUUUGAAAGUGAGAUGAAUUAUUAAAACACAUUUGUAAAUUAUUUGCUGCAGCUGAAGAUGUCCGAUACAACCUUUUUUGUAAUUCUAAUAUUGGCCUGGGAAAGUGAUUUUGUUAGGCUGGAGAAUAGAUUGCUUUGCAUAUUAUUUUAAUGGGUUUAUUGUAAUCGGGUUGUUUACAUUUUUAUUAUUGUUGAAGGUUCUCCUAAGGAUGAUAAAGUUGCUAAUGUCUCCCUGAUCAUGUCCUAAGCGCAGAUUAUUUAAAGUGCAUUAUAGAUUAUAGAUAUAGGUGUCACUUACAUUGAUUUAAUGCAGAUAAUAAUGCAGUCUGUAUUAAAGCAGGUAUAUUUGUAAGCAUUUUAUUACAGGUCAUUUGAGCUAAAAAGAAAAAAAAAUACAUUUUAGAUUUUGAUACAUAUUCAUACUUUUUUUGUGUGUGUUUGAACAAACAUGCCAUCUGUGAAUAAUAUAAAUGUCAUAUUUCAUUUUGACAUUUUCAACACUGUUGACGGGAAGUGAGUUCUGUAUUUCUUCAGGUUUUAUUAGACAUGACUGUGACAUGUAGAGAGCUUCUCAUAGUCUCUGCGAAGCACUGCAGGAAGACAUGUAAUACAGUAAUAGUAUACUGUAAAAAAAUUGCAGUUUGGAUGGUGUACACAUCUGAAACAUUUGCUAUAGGCUGAGCAGUUUUGAGCCAAGUUUUAAAUGUGAAAAGGGCAAUUAAAUAAAUCAAUUGGCAGAAUAGAAUAGCAUCUUGAUCAUCGAGUGAGGACUAGAAGGGCUUCAACACUGGGAGGGAGCAUGCCAAAAUUGUCAUUACGUUUUUGAUUUGUACUUUUAUUUGUGGUUUUAAGAUUUUUUGUAUGCAUAAUACAAUAAAUGUUUUACAUAUUAAAA